UCCUGUUAACUUUGUGUCUGCCUUUUUACGCGUGUGCGUGUUCGUGCUUUGAGUCGUGUGAGCCGGUUUUACCUGAUAUGUUUCCACGUGUGACCGGAGGAUAGUGAUACACGUGAAGUUUGACAGCUGGCAGGUGUCUCACGAGGAGUUUGGUCGCCAAAGCAUGUUUGCGACAGUGCUCCUGCUUCUGGUCGCGCUGUGCGCCCAGGGAGGAAAUGGCGAGGAGAGAGGAGAGGAGGCGCAGAGACCCGGACAUGUUACGGUGGUGAUAGUCGGAGGCACGGGUGACCUGGCGAAGAAGUACCUGUGGCGGGGCUUCUUUGAGCUGUACGUCAACAAGGUCAAAGGUGGAAACACCUUUUCCUUCUACGGAGGAGGUCUGUCACCUGCUGACAAGGGUAAGCCAGCUCUUUUUGAGAUCCUGAAGGCGCUGUCCUGCUCAAAGGACGUAUCACAGGAGCGCUGUGCUCUGCUGAAAGAGCAGUUCCUGCGGCUCACACAGUAUCGAGAGCUGAAGACGCUCGAGAACUACCAGAAGCUAGCCAAGGACAUCGAGCAAGACCUUAAACAAGAGGGAAUGACAGAGGCAGGGAGGCUCUUCUACCUGUCAGUGCCAGCCUUUGCGUAUGCAGAUAUCGCUGAUAAAAUAAAUAGCAGCUGCAGGCCGACCAGCGGGGCGUGGCUGAGGGUGGUGCUAGAGAAACCUUUCGGACAUGACUUCAGGAGCGCUCAGGUGCUCGCAUCUCAGCUCGGGGGCUCGUUGAAGGAUGAAGAAAUGUACAGAAUUGACCAUUACCUUGGGAAGCAGGUAGUUGCAAAGAUACUUCCGUUCAGAAAAGAGAACAAGAAAUUUCUGGAUCCCAUCUGGAACAAGCACCACAUCGAGAGAGUGGAGAUUGUAUUGAAGGAGACCCUGGAUGCUAAAGGUCGUAUUGCCUUUUACGACCAGUACGGGGUGAUCAGAGAUGUGCUACAGAACCACCUAACGGAGGUCAUGACCCUGUUGUCCAUGAAACUUCCCAAGAAUCUGAGCAACAGCGAGGAAGUCCUGAAUAACAAGCUGCAGAUCUUCCGCUCCCUGCUGCCUGUAGGAAAGAAACAAGCUGUGGUCGGCCAGUACCAAGCAUACAAAACAGAGGUACAGCAGGAGCUGAAUAAGACAAAAGAUCACGUCAGUAUCACACCAACAUUUGCAGCUGUAUUGGCGUACAUCGAUGACGCACAGUAUGAAGGCAUUCCCAUUCUCAUGAUCUCAGGAAAGAUGUUAGAUGAACGGGUCGGAUAUGCACGGAUAGUUUUCAAGAAUGACAUCUUUUGUGUCCAGAACCACAAUAGCGUUCACUGCAAACCCAAACAGAUAGUUUUCUACUUUGGGCAUGGCAGCCUUCAAUAUCCAGCAGUUCUUGUGAGUAAAAAUUUAUUUAAGCCGGUUUUAAAGGACGCUGAGUGGAAGGAAGUGACAGAGCAUAAAGACGUGAAUGUUUUAGGUUUGCCUAUUACAGACUACUAUGUGCAUACUCCAAAAGUGCAAAGGGAAGCUUAUUCCGAACUUAUUUCUCACAUUUUUGCCGGUCGCAAGAAUAGUUUCAUCAGUACUGAAAACCUGCUGGCUUCCUGGGGCUUAUGGACGCCACUACUCAGUAGCCUUGCCACCUCUUUCCCCCGCAUUUACCCUGGCGGUGCGGAGAACGGAGACCUGCUGGACAUCUGUGUGAAAGGGAAAGAAAUUAGCUACAACAGUGAGGUGGUGAUAAUCAGCAAUGAUCAGAUGGGCGGCACAUCAGCGAAGGGUUUCCAAGUGAUGCAAGGCAAAUUUCGUGGCACUGACAUGGUGUCCGCCUGGUCUGAGGAGUUGGUUAACAGGCUAGCCGAAGACUUGCAGGAAGCCGCGGAGGCAGCGGUGCGUGAGAACGGUGUUUUCCAUCUUGCCCUGUCUGGUGGCUCGUCUCCCCUCGCUCUGUUCCACAGGUUGGCCCUGCACCACUUCUCCUUCCCCUGGAGGGAAACUCAUGUGUGGAUGGUGGAUGAGCGCUGCGUGCCGCUGUCUGAAGCGGAGUCGAACUUCAACACCCUGCAUGAUCAUCUACUGCAGCAUGUGAGGAUACCCUAUUACAACAUCCACCCCAUGCCAGUGCAGCUCAACCAGCGUCUUUGCGUGGAGGAGGACAGAGGAGCUCUGCUGUAUGAGAACGAGAUCAGAGCGCUGGUCAAUGGCUCCAGCUUCCACUUUGUGCUGCUGGGAGUCGGCUAUGACAGCCACACAGCCUCUCUGUUCCCUGGUAGUAAAUGGGAUGAACAUGGGGAGAAACUGGUGGUUAUGACUGAGAGCCCCGCCAAGCCUCACCAGCGUAUGAGCCUCACUUUCAGUGCCAUUAACCAAGCACGUCGGGUCGCUGUUUUAGUGAUGGGCAAAGGCAAGCAUGAGCUGGUCACCCAGCUGAGCAGAGUGAAGGACAACUCAGACAAAUGGCCUAUCACUGGGGUGAAGCCCGCUAGUGGCACACUUGUUUGGUAUAUAGACUAUGAUGCACUUUUAGGAUAAAAGAUUUACAUUCAUAACUUUAAAUCAACACUGCUGGAGCUGGUUUAAUUAGAUCGCUAGUUGGCGGGAAAGACUGAACUACUACUUUUUUAAAUGAUGCUUUAGGGUUUAUGAUUGAUUUCCUACACGCUAAACAGACUUUAGUUACAAUCACUAGUUAGAGACUUUCUUUUGAUCUCAAAUAAGAAAUCUGUUACAGCCAUCAUUGUAGUAUUGCAGCGUCAAACAGAAAACUAUUUUAAAAACAAUCUUUUGUUGGAUUCAUGAGUUUAGCGUAAAACAUACAGCAGAUACUGUGAAAAGGACAAGGUGAAUUGCAGACACUUUGACAUGAACACAUAAAUUUACCGGCAACAAAGAGUUGCAGCCAAAUACCAAUGUGAUGAUAUCAUAACUUAAAAGGGUGGGUUCAGUGAAAAGCUUUAAAAAAAUUUGCUGGCAGAAAUGUCUUAGGUAUUUGUUAAUGCGUUCCUUUUUGAAAACUCAAGCCUUAUUGAAAACAUUUUUUUUCUGUGUGGUGGUGUGCGACUCUAAAGUUUAUCUAAGCUUAAUUAUGUGUGAGGUGAGUGGAAAUACAUGAAGUAUACAUGUCUGCAGUUUACAAAGCACUAUAUUAAUAUCUGAUGCUGUAAACAGCUUUUAUAUACGGAAAACUCAACAAACAUGACGUGGUGUUUGUAUGAUCUCAGGUGAAUCAACACUUCUUGAUUGUAUCUUUUCUACAGUUGAGUGUCAGUGAAUCACUCAGUGAACUGAAAUGUCAUCAGUCCCAUAAAUAAUAUAUUUUCUUUGUAUGCUUAACGACUGAAAUGCAAACAUAUGUUAUUGACAUAUUUCAGGUGAUUUCGAAAUAUUUGGUGCUUCACUUCUAAAAAGGCUUAUUCCUGAUACAUGCUCAUCACAUUCCACUUUUUAUGGACAAAGAGUUGUACCUGUGUUUAUAUAGUGUUUCUGCUGAAAAGAGGAGACAUUGUUCUGCAUCCUGGUCUUGUGAUACAAACAACAGUACAUGUCUGUAAAGAAUAAGUUGAAAAGAGACUGAAAGGCGUCUCUGUGUCACUAUAAUGUGAGGACUUUGCAUCACUUCAGCAAACCACAAGGUAACAGUAUUUAUAUCGCAGGCCGCAGGAAUAUGAAAUUAUUUCCCACGUUUUGAAGUGUUUUGAUUUUCUCUCCAUAACUAUAAUUUUCCCUGUUUUUGGCUUAUCGAGUGUCAAAGUUGUAAAUUGAUUUGUGGUUGUGGUGGAUAUCUAUCUGAAGAAUAAUUCUGGCAGAAGGAAACAGUUUUUGGGUGAUGUUUGUGGAAAUAGAAAUGAGCAGAUUUACAAACUACACUGGCUGGAUUUUUACAAUUUAUUUGUAUACAUAAAUUACCUUUCACCAAAGCAGCUUUUUAAGUUACCCUUUUGGAGAUCACUUAUGUUUUGGAUCUUUGCACUUUUCUUAUAUUACAAUCUUGGCAUCCUAGUUUCACCAAUAUAAAGCUUUAUCUUUUAAUUUUCCUGCCAUGAUCUGUUUAAUGUAGCUUCACUUUUCCAAAGAGAUAAAUAUCACUUUCAGUACUGUAUACAGAUGUCACCUAUAUUUGUAUAAUCAUACAGUGAAUCUAAUGUGUAAAGUGCAUAUUCAUUCACAAAUGAAACAAAAUGUGAACUGUCAAUAAACAAAUAAAACCUUUUAACUAUGAAGAAAA